CAAUUCACAUACCAUACAAUUCACCCAUUAAAAGUGUGAAACUCUGGGGCUUUUAGCGUAUUCAGAGUUGAGAACAUUUCCACUCCCCAAAAGAGGCUGUGUCACUCCCCAUCCCCCUCCCCGCAGCACCUGGCAACUACUAAGCUGCUUUCUGUCCCUACGGUUCGCCUGUUCUAAACAAUUUGCAUACAUGAAUCCCGUGAGAUAUUGUCUUUCACGUCUGCCUUCUUUCACUUGGCAUAAUGUUUUGAGGUCCAUCUACGUUGUGCCGUGAGUCACAACUUCAUUCCUUUGUAUGACUGAGCGCCACACCAUCCUGUGUCUUCCAUCGUAUGCACUGACCACAUAGUCUGUGCUUCCACAGACGGACAUUUUGCGGUGCUUCUGAGUUUUGGCUGUUAACAAUAAUGUUGUGGGAACAUCCAUGUGCCGGUUUUUGCGUGAACAUAUGUUUUCACUUCUCUUGAAUACACACCUAGCAGUGGAAUGAAUGAGAUCUAAUGGUAAUUCUCUGUUUAACUUUUUGAGGAACUGCCAGACUCUUUUGCAUCCAUUUACAUUCCCAGUAGUGUGUGAGGCUCCAAUUUCCCCCAUCUUCCCCAACACUCGUUACUUCUCUUCUAUACAGUUAUCUAUGGGGUGUGAAGCAGCAUCUUCUGCAGUUUGAUCUGCAGUUCCCUGACAGCAAAUGGCGUGAGCAUCUUUUUGUGCGCUUGUUGGCCAUUUGUAGCAAUACAUUUUCUUUGAGGAAAUGUCUCUUCAGACCCUUUGCCGUGGCCCAGAGUUUCCAGAGAGAAGGACUGAAGAAGCGCCCAGCAGUUAGUGCCCAGCAGUUGGAGGCAGCAGCGGGUGGGGCACGAGCUGGCGCACCCUGACCCUCCCCCACCCUCGCCGGGCUGGGGCUGCGGGGGCGGGCUCACGGGGGUUUCCGGGCUGUGGCUGCUGCAGGCCGGCCGAGGUUUCACUUUUGGAUCUGGGAAACUUUGGGUUGUGUGCUAGCUCGGCAGCUCCGGGGCAGAGCCCUCCGACCCCAGCCAGCAGAGCGGCCUGGCUUCAGCUCUGUGGGCGCAGGCACGCAACAGUCACGGUCACGCCCUGCGGGUGCAAGGCCUGACCCAGCUGCCCUCCUCAGGAGCAUGGCAUCGGCCUUUGCAAGGGUGGUCAGGAGCGUGGUCCAGGAGCUGGACCACGGUGGGGAGCUCACCCCUGUGGACAGCCUGCAGAGCUCCACCAGCUUCCAGCUCUACUGCCUUUUGGGCAGGAAGUCCUCGAGUUCACGGUUCUGGAAACACCGCUACACACGUGUCAACCUGUCCAUCAGGGACAUCCUGGAGCCCGACGCCCCAGAGCCAGCUGUGGAGUGUGGCAACACCUUCCAUUUCCACGAUGCUAUGGAUGGGAAGAUGCAGGGCAGCGUGGAGCUGGCGGCCCCAGGACAGGGGAAGCUGUCAGGCGGGGCCGCAGUGUCCGGCAGCUCCAGCGCCUCGAUGAUCGUGUGCACGCUGCGAGUGGCGCCCAACACCUGGGAAGCCAUGCAUCGAGAGAGGCGCUUGCGGCGGCCUGAGCACAAAGUCCUGCAGCAGCUGCGGAAUCGUGGGGAUGACGUGUUCGUCGUGACCGAGGUGCUGCAGACACAGCAGGAGGUGGAAGUCACCCGGACCCAAAAGCAGGAGGGCUCCGGCCAGUUUGCACUUCCGGGAGCCAUGGGCUUGCAGGGCAGAGGCGAGGGCCACCUGAGCCAGAACAAGAUGGUCACCAUCCCUGCGGGCAGCAUCCUCGCCUUUCGGGUGGCCCAGCUGGUUAUUGGCUCUGACUGGGACAUCCUCUUCUUCCCGGACAAGAAGCAGACGACCUUCAGGCCACAGCAGGAAGGUGGCCAGCUGCAGCGGUCCUCCUGCCUCACCUCCACAAAAUUUCUCUCUCUCCGCUUCAAGUUCCUGUCGGAUGGGCCCAUGGAGGACCGGUUGGCGACCACCGAAGGCUUCCAGGGCCUGCAGGCAGAAGUGGAGGCUUGGGCCGUGGGCCUGGAGGGCUUGUCCAGGGAGCCUUGUCGGCAGCUGCUGGGGGCCCUCGGGCAGGUGCUGCGGGACGAGGCCGCCCUGCAAGCCCUGGAUGAGUCGCUGGAGCACGGCCUGCGUGGCGGGCUUUUGGAGUCUCGGGAUGGUCCGGUGGGUGCUGUCCUCGAGUGCCUGGUGUUCUCCUCCAGAAGGCUGGAAAAGAGACUUGCUGGCCCCGUCUUCUACCUGCUGCAAGCUCUAGCUGUGCUGAGUGCAACCCAGCACGUGCUGCUGGCUGAGGUGCUGGAGAUGGGGGCCCUGUCAGGGGCGUUCAAACUGGUGGAGAGCCUUUUGGAGCAGAGCACCCCAUGGCAGGAGCACAGGGCCGUGUCCCUGCCGCACGAGCUCCUGGGGAGCAGCUGGGGCUCAGAGGCACCCACCUGGGUCCUGCUGGAGGAGUGUGGCCUUGAGCCACAGGUGGGCGCCCCCCAGGUGUGCUGGAAACCGGAGGCCCAGGGCUGUGCGAAUGCGCUUUACGCCUGCCUCGCACUGCUGUUCAGGCUGAGCCGGCUCUGCUAGCCUGCAGCCUGCCCGCAGGGCAGCUCUCUAGUCGGGGCAGAGCUCAUGCCCACCCAGCUGCCAGGAGCCACACCCAGCCAUGUGGGCAGCUCCCCACAAGGCCUGGGAGUUGAGGAAAGACAAUAAAUGUGAUGAACAAAGGGAAAAUGCUCACUGAGCUUUCGAGGGGCCCUAUGUCAGGGGUCGGGCAGCGAUGGGGAUGGGGCCUCAUAUGGGGAGGGACCUGGGGGCUGAGAGCAGGCAUCUCUCCCGUGGGGCUGAGGGGGCGUUCCCUGUGCUGCACCGGAUCACUCCAGAGUGAGCAGCCACGUGGCCGGGCUCCUGGCGCCCUCCCCCAGCCGGCUGGCCUGGAAAGAACGGGACGGGGCGAUUCCAGCCCUCAAGAUGGUUCUCUGUCUGCCUCAGGGAACUUGAGAACGUACUGAUGCAGGGAGCGGGGGCUGUCCUUGCCCUCCGGGGCGCAGAGAGGACAGAGAAAAGGUGUACGGACAGGCACACAGAUCUGCACUCCUGGGGCUGCACUGGGGCCCCAGGGAAGUGACCCAAACCAGAGCAACUGGCCUUUGGGGUAUGUCUCAUCCAAAUUAAUUCGCUCAAAGGUAAGAGUCUCCCGAGAGGAGGGCUCUGGGCCCCUGAGUCGCAGUCCCUGGGCCUUCGGCAGGGCUCAGAGCCUCCCUGGACCAGGGUGCCUGAGCCUCCCUGGGGCAUGGGAGCGGGGGUGGAACGGCCCCACGUGCAAGGAGAGAUAGUAACUGAUUCAGCCAAGGACUUA